CUAAAAUUCACACAACAAUGGGAAAGAGGAAACACAAGGGAAAGCCUAAGAAAGUGGAUCCUGUGAAAAGAGAGCAGCUUUGCUUGUUAUCAAGCGAGAAGGGAUAUGAUAAUGUAUUGAGUGAUGCUUUGUGAGAGAAGCACUUUUUUGAAGAUUUUGUAUAUGGAGAGCAAAUCAAAUUUUCACUUCAGAAAUUUUCAGAAAGGAUGGCAAUCAAAUAACUUUGAUAAGCUCAAGGAGAUCUUUUUAAAUGAGGGCUUAUGG